AUGCCUCACAACAGGUCGUGGUCCGGCACGUCGCUCGCCUCCAUUCCGGAGGACAGCCCGAUCAUCACCACGUCGGCUCUCGACAAAGUCAUGGCUCACUUCUCCAACACCAACGAGCCCAUGGAACCGUCUCACCGAAUCUUGGUCUGUCACCUGCUUCAGGAAAGGCUUGCGCGCCUGAUGAGAGGUAAGGACAACGUGAAGAUGAAGAUGGACCUGCUGGACGUCUGCAUCGAGCGCUGCCGCAAGGAGCUUGACGUCUUGCGCUCCAAGUGCCAGGGCUCUGCCUGA